AUGGAGCUCCCCGUCCCGGCGCUGAUGGCGGCGAUCAAUGAGCCGGGCAGGGAACGGCGGCAGUCAGCGGUCGGGGAGCUCGGCGAGCCGGCCAAGAUCGCGCUCUUCUCGCUGGGCAACAUGGCGGCGCACCGCGAGUGCGCGGAAGUGAUGCUGCGGCUGGGCAUCGAGCGGACCCUGCAGCGGCUGAGCUCCAGCUCGGACCCCAUGACCCUCAAGUAUGUGCAGCGCAUACACACCAAGCUGCAGUCCGUGCAGCAGAUCUUCCACAUGUGA